AUGGCGUCAGUGCCGUCAGAGAAAGAUUUGCAGGAGCUGCUGCGGCUGCUCACGACGACGCGCAAGCUGCCGAUCCUGCAGGCCAUGAGCCAAGUCCGGGCUCUGCAGGCGGCGAGUCUGCGAAGCAUCCGGCAGAUUGCCGAAGCCCCGGCGGAGGCUGUGCAAGUAGCCAUCAAGGAUGUCGCGGGUGCUAAGGCGCUGCAGACGAGCUGCAAAGCGGCGGUGAAGAAGAUGGACAAGGCGGGAAUGGCUGGCACCAAACGGCCGGCCGGAAGCCAAGAAAGCCAAGAGGGCAAUAGCAGCAGCGCCGAGAGCAAGCGGGCCCGGCCAUCGCCUGCGCAACCGGCGGCUGGUGGGCUCUAUCUACCGGUGGCCAUGACGCCGGCCGACCUGGAGAAGUCGCUGGAUCUGGCCGUAGAAGAAGACGACGACCGGAUGGCUGCUACGGUCCUGCUGACCAACCGUGCUCCCCUCCUGCUUGCCUUUGCCGUCGAGCUGCUGCGCUACACCAUGCCGGAACAGCCGCCGUCGAGCCGACUGAGCCUGGCCCAGGCUGUCGUCAGCGCCAAUGCGCGGUCCAAAGCUGUCAGUUUGGGGAUCGCCCGGGAGCGAGGGCGUGGUUCGGGGUCUGGUGAGGGCAGCGGCCGUGGCAACAGCAACGAUGACGACUGGGGCGCUGGCCAGCCACGCGUUCGCAUCAUGGGACGCGAGGUGGCUGUGCUGAAGCGAGGGGGGUACACGUGGCGAGGAGAGGAGGAUGUGGAGGGAGUAGACGAGGUUCAGAGGGACAACAAGGACGAGAAGAAAAACGAACCCGAAACUGGAGAGACACCCUCAUUAAAGACAGUACCAGCAACAGAAUCACAGCUACCACCACCCACAGGCUCUCGACCUGCUCCUGGCGUCUGGUCCGUCAGCUCGACCAUCUCGCUGCGCGGCUCCGUCUUUGUGGCCCACGCCACCACCAUGACCGACGCGACUCAACGGACCGGCCUCAUCCGCGGACUGAUAGCAGCCCACCCACGGCUGCUCACGGCCACACACAACGCCUGGGCAUCGCGCGUUCGUGCAGGCGGCCCUGACAGCGACUAUGCCGACCGGAUGCGCCAGGACGCCUACGACGACGGCGAGUCAGGCUGUGGCGACUUCAUGCUGCGCGUGCUGGCCGAGCUGGCCGCCGUCGACAUCCUCGUCGUGCUGACCCGCUGGUACGGUGGAACGAUGCUGGGGCCUGACCGCUGGCGUCUGAUGCGCAACUGCGUCACUGGUGCCCUGGCCGACCGACUGCGUCGCACCGGAGCCGAGGUGACCCUGGGCGGCGAGGCGCUGUGGGCCUUGGACCUGGAGGGACGGACCAGCAGCUCGACGGCCGUGACGCCUGGCUCCAGUCUCACGGCUGUGGUCGGCAUGGCCACGCAUCGCCCCGAGGCCGCACGCCAGUACCUGCUCAAGAGCUUUGCCUCGGCUGAGGAGGGAGCAGCACCGGGAGCGGUGUCUAAGAAGCGAAAGACGGUCAAGGCUCUGGACGCGGAAAAAGAGGACAACCUUGCGCUGCUGCUCGGCGCCCUGCGUCUGCUCUACGACAGCUGGGCCGACCAUCUGACACCGGCCGAGCUGGACCGCCGCGCCUGGAGCUGGUAUGUGGCCGUGCGGCCGGACGUCGACGUCGGCCCUGCUGGCUGGGGGGCCAAGGCCCGGCUGCGGCUCAGCGCCAUCCUGGCCCUGCGACGACCAGCUCCAUCCAAGGCGUGA